AUGGCGACUGGACGCGGUCGGAUGCUGCAGCCGCGCUGGCUGGGCCUCCUGGCGCUGCGCGGGCCCAUCCCAAGUGGCAGUGAGGCCUGGGUCGGCGCAGGGGCAGCCCCCGGGUGCCCCUGGGCCUCCGGGUUUAGAAUGGGGCCAGGUAUCAGAUUUGCAGCAAACUGUACUACUGUGAGACAAAAUGCCAGAUGUGGCCAGCACUAUGAGAAAUCCUCCUGUAAUUAUUUUGUGUCCCUGGAUGGAAUGCCUUCAGAGGUCUUGCUGAAGAUACUUUCCUACUUGGAUGCUGUGAGCCUGCUGUGUACGGGCUGUGUGAACAGGCGGUUCUAUCAUUUGUCCAAUGACAAAAUCUCAGGCUUAAGUUGGGCAAUUAUAUUGAGAGAAAAAAGUGGAAAGGAGUAUGUCUUGCAGCAUGUGGAUCUUUCCUUCAAUGAUACAUCUGUUACUGUUGUAUGGUAUGGCAAAACCUGGCCACACUUAGCCACAUUGUCAACCUUGGAUCUGUGUGGUAUGACACCAGUUUUUAUGGAUCGGUAUAAACCCCCUGUCAAAAAUGGACCUCGAUGGCAUUCUUUAAUUGCAAAGUACAAUCUGAGUCAUUUAACUGAAUCUGCCAUGAUUGGCUGUGACAGACUUGUUCGGAUAUUCUGCCUAAACCCUGGCCUCCUUGUGGGGUUGUGGAAGAACGAGGAAGAACUGGCUUUUGUCAUGGCAAAUCUUCAUUUCCAUCACCUUGUGGAGAGGAGCACAUUAGGGUCAGCCACUCUCCCUUAUGAACUUCCUCCUCACAGUCCCUUUUUGGAUGACAGCCCGGAGUAUGGACUGAGUGGCUACCAGCUCCACGUUGACAUGCACGGUGGUGGAGUUUUCUACCUGUGUGGUACAUUUCGCAAUCUCUUCUCCAAAAAAGGGUACAUUGAAGAUGGAUAUGUGAAGGUCAUUGUGAUAAAUUUUAAGAACAAUAGAGAACAUCUACCUCUCAUUGGAAAAGUUGGCCUUGUUUGGAGAACUAAUGCUUUUGAUGGCUUUAUAGAGAGGUGCCCCAUACUAGAUGUGACUCUCCUGGAUGAAAAAAGAAAGCCCUUUUGGUGCUUCAGUUCUCCCGUUUGCAUGAGGCCCGUCACCUGCCCUUCCGACGGCCCCACUUUCCUGGGACACACAUACUAUGUCGACUACAAGGAUGAAGUAGGAAAAGUACAUGCAGAGCUCGUGUGGAUUGAAGAGACAGAAGAAUACUUCAUUGUCAGCCUGGUCCUUUACCUCAGUGUAGCAAAAAUAAACUACUGGUUUGGGACAGAUUACUAAUUGUUAGAAAUAGGUAGCAAAGUAUUUUUUGUUAACUUUAUUUUUUUUUUACUGUCAGCUUCGCUCUUAAUAUUGAAAGUUAAAAUAAAGCAUAUCUAUGAAAAUCC